CCGGUCCGGUUAUUGUACAGGACCGUGAAAGACCAGAUGAGGGCGUUCCACUCGAGGCGAGGGGAUUGGGGAGAUUGUGAGCUCUUUGAUGCCGAGGCGGCAGAUUGCAGGGGGGACAGCGAGACCGAGCGAUGUGCAGCGUGGUGGUUCGAGCAUGGACGUGCUCACCCGGAGUUGCGCACCAUCGCCAUCCGUGUCAUGCACUUGUGGACGUCUGCCUCUCCAGCGGAGAGGAACUGCGCGGAGCACGAGCGCGUCAGCAUGGCGAGGCGCUGCAAGCUUGGGUUCGCCAAGCUUGCACAGCUGGUUGAGAUUGCCACCAAUCUCAAAUUGGCCUCGUGCGCACGGCAGGGUGGUGGUUACGUGUUGCCAUGGGUUAUGGGGAACGGUCGAGGAGGUACGAUGGCAGAGGAGGAGGAUGAGGAGGGAGAUGUGGAGCCCGAGGUGUGCGAGGUGCGACCUGAUGGCAGUGUUCCCGACCAGGAGAUCCAGCGGCAGAUUGUCGCUUUCCGUGACAACCGACCGUCCAGAGCCCGUUCGGUUCGGGACGUGUUCGGCAGCAGAGCGACAGAGCUGCGACAAUGGCCGGAGGGUGGGGAUGAUGUAGACGCUGCUGCGGCAGACGACGACAUCGACGACGACUGGACUGACGAUGAUGACACGCCGCUGAGUCGCGACCCGACGACUGAGCGAGUGUACUUCACUUACGGUGGGGGUCGUGACGGCACAGAUUCAUUCACAUCCGUUAUCACUGGUGCUGUGUCGUCGACUGCGCCGGCAAGUGGCAGCAGCAGAGUCGGCGGUGGUCAUGGAGGACGUUCGCAUGCGGAGGUUCGCGUGGACAACUCGGGGGAGCAGCAGCCACGCGGAGGUCUUCGGCAGACAGGCAGGCGUUGGGAGGUUAGGAGCGACAGCGAGGCGGAGGGGGAGGCCGAGGAUGAGGAGGUGCCCCUUCGCGAUGGUCGUUUCUCUCCCUCCCAUCAUCCGAUCUCUGCAUUGUCCGAGGGGAAGCCACUUAGGCGUUCGGAGAGGUUGGCGUCGGCAGCAGGCAGAGACCAGACACAUGACGGCAAGGAUCGUGGGGGGGAGAGGACUCCUUCCGACGCCGGUAUCCGCCCCCGCUCGCCGUCGGUGCUCCGCACACAGGACUUCGAUGACAUAGGGCUUGGCGGGAGCUUGGCAGAUUUUAGUUUCGAGGGACGUCGACGUGCCUCACCGCAGGAUGUGCGCACAGACUCUGACGUUGAGCGGGGCCCUGUUGAGACUGAGGAGGAGAGGGAUUUCGCGUAUCUCAACGAGCAGCGUUGGGAGAGGGACUUGGAGACAGGAGGGGAGGGGAGCCGUGACRUCGACGACUCGGGUGUCCCUGAGGAGGCGGUUCAGGGGGAGUUCGAUUAUGAGGGGCAGGAUGCCGCCGCUGGUGUCCCUGAGGGGCAGGAUGUUGUCAUGGGCGGUGGGUCCCCUAGUGGGGGUCGUGGCGACAGCGAGACCGCGGKUGAUGAGGGAAAGGGUGCCGCASUGUGCGGYAGAGGAGAGGGUGGACCCGGUGGAGAUGGGGAUACCGCGGGUGUCGGUGGAGACUAUGGACCGGAYGACGACGAUGACGACGACCACGGUCCGGAGGACGAUCCGUAUAGGCUCGCCUUGGUGUUGAGGGACCCCACAGUGCCUCCCAUGCGCCCCGACGGCACAGCGCACACUUUCUUCGACGCCGACGCUUUGGCGCAUGCCAGCGUUAGAGGGAGGGAGUCCGGUGAGGGUGAGGUGAGGUCCGACAGACGCAGCAAUAGCGGCAGAGAUAGUGCAGGAUCGAUGCCUCCACCGCCCGCACGGACUCCGGAGGGCAAGGUCGACACCGGGGACCGGACGGUGGCACCCGGAGUUGCGCACAAUGGAGGUUCCCCGCCGCCAGUCCGAGGAGGUGUGUGUGGCGGAUGGUCAGCUGUUCGUCGGGUCGGGAACCGGUUGCGGGCGGAUUACGACGCCGGGAGGGGCGUCUUCACGGGACGUGCGCCUGUUCAGACGCAGGCUGCGGAGGGCGGGUCCGGACGUCCGAGCCUGCAGAUGGCAGGCUGCAUGCUUGGUUUGUCACGAGCGGAGACGAGGAGGACAUUGGUCCUCGAGGCCCCAGGGACAUCCACGGAAAGGCUGAGGGGAGAGGAGUUCACAUCGGGCGAGGAGGGGUUGUUGAUGCGUCCCGGAACGAGACGACAGCAUGGUCUCUCAGAGGUUGAGGCUCGACUCGUCGCUGGGCAGGCAGCAUCGGACGCGAUUCAGAGGGAGAAAGAGAGGGGGAUUGCUGCACAGGCGGAGGAGGACGAGGACGCUGACACUGAGUCCGAGCCGACCGAGACUGCAGCCCGCAGACACAGGGCACAGGUGGCCACGGCGGCCGCUGCAGCACAUGCGGCAUACGUCAUUGGGGCACGGGGCACAGGUACCGGAGGGAGAGGAGGGCGCCGGGGAGGAUCGCAUGGCCGCCACUCUUCCGGGAGAGGCCACGCGCGCUCUGGUGGGAGAUGACGACGUUCGUGGUGUUUUUUUUUUUUCAUUAGUUUUUUUUUUUUUCCGUGGUUGUACAGCCUGGACGCUCUGUCGGCAGGGUUGUAGCAUAUUUAUGUCGAUGUUGUUCCAUGGAGACGACGUUAGUAUGUGGACAUUAGGUUUUUUUUUUUCUUUUUCUUGCUACUCGGUUGUACAGUAGAGACGACGCCUGUCGACGGGUCCAGUUUUUUUUUGGUACUCUGUUGUGUAGCAGAGACGAUGGGUCCAGUUUUUUUUUGCUACUCGGUUGUAGAGUAGAGACUACGGGUCCAGUUUUUGGCUUCAGCCUUGUACAUACGCAUUUCCAUUGAAAUGCUUUGUCAUAUAUUUGCUCUUGUUUUUGUUCCUCCGCCAACAUUGGUCUUGCAUCUGAGUUGUUGUUGUUUGGUGAUUGUUUUCUGCUCUAUUGUCGUGAAUGUUGCAAAUUAUGUGCUUCUCCGAUGCCACGCACCUGCAUGUCAUGGAUGACUCCAUUAUGAAUGUGCUGUUAAUUUCAGAUGCGACAUAGGGAUGAUGUGCUAAUGAAUGUGUUCUUACAUGAAUGAUGUGCUAAUGAAUGUCCAUCAAUCUC